AUGGUGGAACGAUCAGAACUGGGCCAAGUGCUUCUUGCUAGAGAUGCUACUUUUGAGCAGAUCCUUCACAAGGGAACGUCGAAAGGCAACGUUGGCAUGUCAGCAAUGUUGAAAAAGGACCACGAAGCUCAGAAGGCUGCCACAGAAGACUACUUCAGGCAUUGGGACAACAAGCUCAACGCUCAGAAGGAGACGAAAGAGGAUAGAGAGGCCCGAGCCGCAGAAUAUGAUUCACUCACGAGGCAACCUGCUAUUGCCGAGAGCUUCAAGCAGGGUACCGUCAGGCAUGAGCACUAUCUCGCGCAUAUGAUCGACAUCAAGAAGGGGAUGAAGGUUCUGGAUGUUGGUUGCGGCGUGGGUGGCCCAGCCCGCGAGAUUGCCAAGUUCACGGGGGCGUAUAUCACUGGACUUAACAUCAACGAGUACCAGGUGGAGAGGGCCACGAGGUAUACAAAGAAGGAGCUCAUGGAUAAGAACGUGCAAUUCGUCCAGGCCGACUUCAUGAAUAUCCCAUUCGAAGACAACACAUUCGACGCCGUCUAUGCCAUCGAAGCCACGGUCCACGCCCCAUCCCUCCAAGCCGUCUACUCAGAGAUCCACCGCGUCCUCAAGCCCGGGGGCGUUUUCGGCGUCUACGAAUGGGUUAUGACCGAAGCCUACGAUAAUGAUAAUCUCUCCCAUCGCAAGACGCGCAUCGAGAUCGAGCAGGGCAACGGCAUCGCCAACAUGGUUAAGGCGUCUGAGGCCCUGCGCGCCUUCGAAGCCGCUGGCUUCGAGAUUCUUGAGAACGAGGAUAUGGCAGAUAGACCGGACCCAAGCCCGUGGUACUGGCCCCUCGACGCCGGAAGCUGGCGGCACGCGCAGACGAUGGGAGACUUGCUGUAUACGUUCCGCAUGACGGGAUUGGGGAGGAUGGCCACGCAUGGGUUCUUGAGUGUUAUGGAAACGUUGAGAUUCGCGCCGCCUGGUAUGACGAAGACGUCAGACAGUUUGAUCCGCGCAGCUGAUGCGUUGGUUUUUGGCGGGAGAGGGAAGAUCUUUUCGCCAAUGUAUCUGAUGGUUGGGCGGAAGCCGGACAAGACGGAGUGA